UUACAUUUCCAGUGUUGCUGAACUUCAUUCCUCGUGGCCAUAGCGGUCGGUGCUAUGUUUGGCCGUCUAAAUGGAGUGAUAUUCGUGUUGUUGAUAUUUCUAACAUCUUUUCUUGGAUCUAUAUUCAUGCUAUUUCCUCUUCUACCUUUCGCCUACUAUGGAAAGAAAUUUUGGCGAGUAUGUGCCGAUAGGCUCGUUGGGUACUGGCUUACAUUUCCAGCGUCCCUUGUUGAGUAUAUGUUCGGGACAAACUUUCACGUUACCGGUGACUUGAUUUUACGGGACAAACCAGCUAUAAUUAUAAUGAAUCAUAGAACUAGAUUGGAUUGGCUUUUCCUAUGGAAUGCGCUGUACAAAAUGGAUCCAUUGCUUCUAACGACAGAAAAAAUCUCACUGAAGGCUCCCCUAAAGCGAAUUCCUGGUGCAGGAUGGGCUAUGGGUUGCGGAGCGUUUAUCUUUCUUGAGCGCAACUUUGAGACGGAUAAAAGCGCAAUCUCCUCUGCUAUAGAAUAUUACAAAGAAUCUGGAAACAAUUACCAACUCCUACUCUUCCCAGAAGGUACGGAUCGCAGUGAACGGAAUGCGUUACAAAGUCAUGCGUUCGCGAAACAAAAUGGUCUUCCUCAGUAUGAUUAUCUGCUACAUCCACGAACCACUGGUUUCAAUUACCUUCUAGAUAUUAUGCGAGGGUCUGACUACAUUUCGAAUGUGUAUGACGUCACAGUCGCAUACGAGGAUGUAAUCAUUGAUACGGAACUGCGCUUACUAAAGGAAGGAGUGUUCCCAAAGAAUGUACAUUUCGAUGUGAAGAAAUACGAUAUUAGUGAAAUUCCAUCUGAUCCGGAAAAAAGCGCGGCAUGGUUGAAAAAGUUAUGGCAUGACAAGGAGCACAAGCUCAGGAAGUUUUACGAAGCGGAACCUCAUAAACGACGGUUGGAUCCAAGUGGUGAGGGAUAUGUCUGGCCUGUAAAAACUCAAGGUCUCGGCUACUACAUAGCGUUUGGUUUUUGGAUAAUGGUGACAGCUAUGUGGUUGCAUUCUAUCUAUUCAUAUAACUUGAUUCGCUUGUAUAUCUUAGUCGUUUCCAUCUUUUAUUGUUACGUUCUUCGCAAAUAUAAUGGAAUUGAAUUUUUAGUCAUGAAAUGGUUUAAGGCGAGAAAUAAGCCAGUCAAGCCAUCACUUUGAAUGUUUUUCUAGGUAAACUGUUCGAGUACGGUUACAUACACUUGACAUCUUUGUACAAUCUGUGUGCCAUCUUUUUGUGGUAGUGCCGUCUUUCUGUCUACGCUAGAUAUUCGAUUUUAUCAGAGUUUAGCGCUGACCUUGUUAGGGAACCUUUGUUAGUUGAGAUAUACUAGUGUUGACGCAUAUGCAUCUUGGUUUUAUUCUCAUGGAGACGUUUUGCGUCGUUUUAUGCCAGUGAAGCCUAACAACCUCUGAUCUAAAAUUGUGUCUCGCGUGGUUGUGAUUCUCCUCUUAUAACAGCUAAACUAGUCAUGUACAGAAGAUAUACUUCUCAGACUGUCAUUGUAUCUCUUACCAGUGUUUAAAAUAGUCACAUAAAGAUUUGUUCCU